AUGGCGCCCGUCACCCAGGCUGCUGCAUCGCCCAUCACGGAGGACGAGAAGAUGGCGAUGAUCGAGCGCACGAAGGUGUUCAUCUUCGACUGCGACGGCGUGAUCUGGCGCGGGGACUCCCUCAUCGAGGGCGUCCCGGACACCCUCGACAUGCUCCGCGCCAUGGGCAAGAAGCUCUUCUUCGUCACCAACAACUCCACCAAGUCCCGCAAGGGCUACGUGAAGAAGUUCACGGACCUCGGCCUGAACGUGCAGCCCGAGGAGGUGUACUCGUCCUCGUACGCCGCGGCCGCCUACCUCGAGUCGCUCGGGUUCAACAAGAAGGUCUACAUCAUCGGGGAGGUGGGCAUCCAGGAGGAGCUGGACCUCGUGGGCAUCGAGCACAUCGGCGGGCCGCAGGACUCGGACAGGAAGGUGGUGCUGGCGCCGGGGAUGGCGCUGGACUACGACAAGGACGUCGGCGCCGUGAUCGUGGGCUUCGACCGCGGCGUGAACUACCACAAGAUCCAGACCGCGACGCUGUGCAUCCGGGAGAACGAGGGCUGCAUGUUCAUCGCCACGAACACCGACGCGGUGACGCACCUGACGGACGCCCAGGAGUGGGCGGGCAACGGGUCGAUGGUCGGCGCGAUCAAGGGCUCCACGAAGCGGGAGCCGAUUGUGGUGGGGAAGCCGUCGGGGUUCAUGCUGGAGAACAUUGCGCAGAAGUGCGGGUGCGACAAGGCGGAGAUCACCAUGGUGGGCGACCGCCUGGACACCGACAUCCUGUUCGGGAAGGAGAACGGGACGGGUACGAUGCUCGUGCUCUCGGGCGUCACCAGCGAGGAGGAGCUCCUGUCCCCGGAGAACCAGAUCCGCCCGGACGCCUACACGUCCAAGCUGCCGGACCUCCUGACGCUCAAGUCCAAGGUCGCCGCGUGA